AUGGCCUCAAUUGACUUAAGAGAUGCGUACUAUCUCAUACCGAUCGCAGAGUCGGAUAGAAAAUAUCUAAGAUUCGAGUUUGAAGGAAAGCUCUUUCAGUUUUCUUGCCUACCCUUUGGCCUCUCUACCGCCCCUUAUGUCUUCACCAAAAUUGUGAAGCCGAUAAUCUCCGAUCUCAGGCGAAAGGGUCUCCUCUCGGUGGUAUAUCUGGAUGACUUUCUGUUGUUUGGAAAAUCACAUGAUGAAUGUGUAUCGAAUGUUUUACAAACACGGAUAGCUUUAGAGAACUUAGGAUUUAUAAUCAACGAGGAAAAAAGCCAGCUCUCCCCCGUUCAGAGAUGCAAAUACCUAGGAUUUGUAUUCGACUCUAAUCAGAUGACGAUUGAACUUCCAAAGGAGAAAAAACUAAGAGCUUUAGAAACAAUGUCAAAAUUCAUUGUGAAUCGAAAAUAUAAGAUUAGGGAGUUUGCUCAAAUGGUAGGUUCAAUCGUCUCGUGUUGCCCAGCAGUAAAAUUCGGAUAUGCUCACAUUAAGUCUCUGGAGAGAGAAAAAUUCUUAGCGCUCGAGGAAAACAACGGCAAUUAUGAUGCAAGCAUGACCCUGAGCAAUAACGUUAAGACAGACUUGCUUUGGUGGAAACGCAAUAUACAAAAAACAUGCAACUCGAUAAAUGCCUUAAACUUUCAGUUAGAAAUCUAUUCAGAUGCAUCUCUGACGGGUUGGGGAGCAGCUUGCGGGAAUGAAACAGCACACGGUUCAUGGGAUGCGUCAGAACGAUCGAAACAUAUCAAUUUUCUCGAAUUAAAAGCGGCGUUUUUCGGCUUAAAAUGUUUUGCGAAACACUUGCGAAGCACAGACAUCUUACUUCGAAUAGACAAUACCACCGCCAUCUCCUACAUCAAUAGGAUGGGAGGUGUUCAAAAUGUAAGACUAAAUCGGAUAACCCAGGAAAUCUGGGGAUGGUGUGAAGCUCGGGACAUUAUUCUGUUCGCGUCGUAUAUAAGUUCUAAAGAUAACUUUAUAGCUGACGCGGAGUCAAGAAAGAUAGAACCGGAAACAGAGUACGAGCUAGCGAAUGAAGCAUUCGAAAAAAUCAGUACGACACUGGGGAAACCACAGAUUGACCUGUUCGCCAGUCGGGUCAACACCAAGUGUAAAAAUUACUUUUCGUGGUUCAAAGAUCCCAACUCAUUAUCGGUAGACGCGUUCACGAAAUUGUGGACAGAUUUUUACUUUUAUGCGUUUCCGCCAUUCGCGAUUAUCCUUAGGGUUCUCCGAAAAAUCAGGGAUGACAAGGCAGUAGGCAUUGUGGUCGUUCCAGAAUGGCCUGCACAACCCUGGUUCCCGCUUUUUUAUUCGAUGCUAGUUUCGGAACCUAUUAAUCUAAAGCCGAAUAUUAAUUUACUAACCUCUUGCAACAGAGAACCUCACCCGCUGUGGCGGCAUCUUACCGAGAUACUACAUCUUGAUCACGAGGAAGAGGCGCAAA